AAAAAAACGUAAAAAUACACACAAUACAAAACAAUGAGAGGUGCCAACUUUAAAACUGUCACCGCUCUCCUUCUUGUUUCCUUGGUUUUGUUAGUUAUCUUCUCAUCAAACCAAGUUGAAUCUAGAAGAGGUGGUAAAAUUGGUCAAGUUUUACGAAGAAUUAUUGGAAAAAGAGCUACCAAAAUUUCAGCAAGUCAACCAAUUGUUGAAACAUCUAUUCAAAAAUGUAAAUCUGAAGGAGAUCCACAUCUUACUACCUUUGGUGGUGUUUAUUAUGAUCAUUAUGGAAAGGGAGAUUAUAUUUUAGCUUCAACUGAAGAUGGUAAUUUUAUUGCUCACUCUAGAACUGGCCAAUGGGGAAGAGUUAGUGUCAAUACUGCUAUUGCUGUUCGUGUUAAUAAUAUGAACACUAUUGAAUACAAUGUUGAAGAUGAUAAGUUCUAUCUUGAUGGAAAGGAAAUGAAUAUUGGUGUUGGUGAAAAAGUUACUUUGGGUGGUGAAGCUUCUGCUACCCGUAAUUCUGCAACUCAAUUAACUGUUGUUGCUAAGAAUCAAGCUUCAUUAAUUGCUACCUGGUAUAGAAAUCCAGGUUGGAAACAAUCUAUGGGUUCAUUUGGACAUAUUUCUUUGGUUGUUGAAGCUCCACGUACUGUUAAAUUCACUGAAGGCAUGUGUGUUAACAAGAAUGAUGUUAACAAGUCUGCAAAUGGUUUGUUGCAUGAUCAUAUUUCAAGACAAAUUGUCAGAAGUAAGAAACCAAAAAAGGCUACACCAGAACAACUUGAAAAAGCUAAGGAAACCUGUAAGAAGGUUGGUAUUCAUAAAUCUGUCCAUGCCAGAGCUUACAAGGCUUGCGUCACUGAUCAAAUUCAAUCUGGUACUAAAAUUGGUGAAACUAUUGCCAAGGUAAUUAAGAAGGUUGAAAAGGCUGCUGAUAAGAAGCAAAAGAAAUUGGAAAAGAAGAUUAAGAAGAAGCAAGUAUUUGUAAAGUGUAAAUCAGAAGGAGAUCCACAUUAUGUCGACUUCAGAGGACGUGCAUACGAUUUCUACGGAAAGGGUGAUUACGUUUUGGCUGCUACUAAAGAUGGUAAAUUUGUUGCUCACUCUAGAACUGGUAGAUGGGGUGCUGUCAGUGUCAAUACUGCUGUUGCUGUUAAACUCAAUAACGAUAGAAUUGUUGAAUAUAAUGUUGAAGAUGACAAAUUCUAUGUUGAUGGUAAGGAAGCUGUUGUUGAAGUAGGUAAGGUCAAUGACUUGGGUAAUGGUGCUUCAUUCAAGAGAGUUUCUCAAACUUCAAUGAUUGUUUCUCUCAAUGAUGUUCACUUGACUGCUACUUGGUAUAGAGCUCCUUCAUGGAAACAAUCUAUGGGUUCAUUUGGUCAUAUUUCUUUGAUUGUUGACUCACCAAAGGAUGUUGAAUUUGAAUCUGGUUUGUGUGUCAGUAAGGCUUUUAUUGAAAAAUCAGCUACUGGUGUUUUACAUGAUCAUAUUAAUAGACAAAUUGAAAGAAAUACUAAACCAAAGAAGGCCACUAAGAAAGCUGUGAAGAAGGCCACCAAGACUUGUAAGAAGGCUGGUAUUUCUGCCAGACUCCAUCCAUUGGCUUUCAGAGCUUGUGUUGCUGAUCAAGUUCAAACUGGUGAUAAGAUUGGUAAGAAGAUUGCUAAGGUUAUUGCUAAACUUGAAAAACUCCAUGAUAAGAAGACCAAGAAAUGGACAAAGAAGAUUAAAAAGGCUGAAAAGAAGGCUAAGAAGGCCGCCAAGAAGGCUCAAAAGAAACAAAAGAAACAAAAGAAACAAAAGCCAACUGGUGAUCAAGCUUCUAGACGUGCCAUAAGAAUUGCUAGAAGACGUGCUAGACAAGCCAAGAGAGCUGCUAGACUUCGUAGAAGAAAUGCUGAAAGAGCUGCUAGACGUGCUAGAAGAGAGGCUAAGAGAAGACUUGUCAGACAAAGAAGAAUUGCUAGAAAAGCUGCUAGACUUGCCAGAAGAGCUGCUAAGAAGAAUUCUCAAAAGAAACAACAAAAGAAGCGUGUAGUUAAAAAGUCUCAAAAGAAGUCAAUCAAGCGUUCUGAAAGAAAGCAAAAGAGAAGAGUUAGAAAGGCCAAGAAGGCACUUAAACGUUCUCAACAAAAGAAGAGACGUGCUGCUAUUAAGAAGGCAAAGAAGGCUGCCAAGCAAGCUAAGAAGGCUGUUUUGAAGAAGAAACGUGCUGCCAUCAAGAAGCAAAAGAGAUUUAUCAGAAAAUUGAGAAGAAUUGCUAGAAGAUUGAAGAAGCAAGCUAGAAAGGCCAGAAAACUUGUCAAGAAACUCUUGAGACGUGCUGAAAAGACUGGUAAGAAGAGUGAUAUUCGUGCUUAUAAACUUGCUAAAAAGAAUGCUAGACGUGCUAGAAGAGCUGCCAAAAGAGCUUGCAAUAGAGUCAACAAGAAAGCUAAAAAGAUUAACAAACUUGUCAAGAAGGCUAAGAAGUCUGCCAACAAAGCUGCCAAGAAGGCCCAAAAGAAGACUUUGAAGAGAGCAUUGAAACCAACCCCACGUAGGUUGACCAUUGCUAUCAAGAGAGCUUCCGCUGUUGUUGUAAAGAAGAAGACUGUUAAGAGAAUCAAGAGAAUGUUGAGACGUGUCCUCAGAUUAAAGAGAAGAUUGGGCAGAAAGUUUGAUCCAAAGAAGCACCUUCCUAAACGAAUUCUCAAGUUGGUAAGAAAAUUGAAGCUUGCAGGAAAAUGUCCAAUUAGAAAUAAGGAUACUGUCACUACUCUCGGAAAGAAGGUUGUUAAGCAACUUGUUUCUGUUAGCAAAUGUAAAAUCUAAAUAAAAAAUUGUAUUUUGAUG